GAAUUGUUAUCGUGAACACCUUCCGAACACAAAAUUCCUGUCAUUAUCACGCGCAGUCGGGCGACGGGGCGACAUUUUGACGGGCGACAUUUUGACGCUUCGUUGCUUUGUAAGUUGUUCGAUUCGAGGAAGCAGCAUUACAGUCUGGAGCUACAGUGAGCGUGCAACGAACCUGUUGUCGUGGACACGUAUGGAACUUCUCCUCAUGGCGACCAUUACCAAGCGUGUCCACCAAACGGGAUUGCACUACGGCGAGUGUCGAGAAAGAAAACGUGGUAUGACAGCAAUGCGAAAGGACUGCCGCGAAAAGGGCGCAAGCCAGCACCGGAAAAGGAGGAAACGUGAUUUGGACAUGCCAUCUCAUUGGUCAAGAGCACAUCGGUCUCGCGAGCUCUCGCGUGGACAAGAGCGCCGAACGUGUGGGUCUGCUUACGCCACCUGCAAGCGACGUCGCGUCGGGCGUCGUCCAGCGGGAACUAGGCAUGAAGACACGCAUGGAACUUCUCCUCAUGGCGACCAUUACCAAGCGUGUCCACCAAACGGGAUUGCACUCCGGCGAGUGUCGAGAAAGAAAACGUGGUAUGACAGCAAUGCGAAAUGACUGCCGCGAAAAGGGCGCAAGCCAGCACCGGAAAAGGAGGAAACGUGAUUUGGACAUGCCAUCUCAUUGGUCAAGAGCACAUCGGUCUCGCGAGCUCUCGCGUGGACAAGAGCGCCGAACGUGUGGGUCUGCUUACGCCACCUGCAAGCGACGUCGCGUCGGGCGUCGUCCAGCGGGAACU